AUACCGGAUUACCCCUUAUAUGGGGAGUAAAUAUUUUUUGAGUUCCGCUUCCUCUGUUCAUAUAUAUUUGUUCAUGUUACUACAAAUAAAUAUGAGAAAAAUUAUAAAUAAUUUAUUUGAAUAAUUCAUUAUUUAUGUUCUUCUUAUCCCUAAUCCUAUUAAAUACAAUUCAUUGCUUAAGGUAUUUUUUAAAAUAUUAAAUUUAUUAUUUUUAAGUCAUUAUACAAUGAAAUUAUUUCUCUUUUUAUUGCGCAAAAAGGGGAGAAGUAAAGAUUGGGGAGAGAGGCAUUUUGGCUUUUACCAUAACAGAAAUUCAAGUGGGAAGAGAAUAUUUCAGAAGUCAAAAAGCUUCAACGACUUGGACUUCCAAUGAGAUAAGGCUUCUUAGUAGUUAAGUCACUCCUUUACCAAAAAAAAUAAAAUACUAAAUGUUAGUGUCACUGGUUGAGAGUUCGUAGGAAUCAAAUAGCUCAGUCAUUUUGAUUGAUCAAAUUAAUGGCACAAGAAUCAGCCCUUGAUCUUUCUUGUGAUGAUUUUUACUUCUCAUUACUAUUUGACGAAAUCCAAAACGUCGAAAACUUUAUAAUAUCAGAUGACACGUACGCCGAGAAACUCCAGGAUCAAGAAGUUAUAAUGAUUUCAACAAUUUCUAAUCGAAGCUCAACGAUCUCCCCUGCAGAGGAGAGUGUAGAUGUGCGUGAAAUCGGUGAAUCGUCGUUAAGUUUCUGCGAGAUCUGUGCAGAGAGAAAAGAAACUGAUCAAAUGUUCACAAUUGAAACAUGCAGCCAUGUUUAUUGUACUGAUUGCGUUAGCAAGCACGUCUCAAUAAAAAUCCAGGACAAAACGCACGUUGUGACAUGUCCUGGUGCAGCAUGCAGGGGUCUUCUUGAUUUCGAGACUUGUAUUUCGAUUAUCCCUAAUGAUGUGCGUAACAUGUGGGGUGAGUUGCUGUGUGAAUCACUUAUUCUUGCCUCGGAGAAAUUCUACUGUCCGUACAAGGAUUGUUCGGCCAUGCUUGUGAACGAUGGAGAUGUUAUCGUUAUGGAAUCGGAGUGUCCUGUUUGCAGGAGAUUGUUCUGUGCGCAGUGUUAUGUCCCGUGGCAUUGUGGAGUUGAGUGUGAUGAGUUUCAGAGAUUGAAUGCAGAUGAAAGAGGAAGAGAGGAUCUAAUGGUGAGGGAAUUAGCAAAGGCUAAACAGUGGACUAGAUGUCCUCACUGCUGUUUUUUUGUGGAGAAAACAGAAGGGUGCUUGCAUAUGACUUGCAGGUGCGGAUCACAAUUUUGCUAUAAGUGUGGUGUGACUUGGGACGCACGUCAUUAUUGUUGAUGUAAUUGUAGUUUUUAAACAACUUUACUCUGUGUUACAUGUUUUUUGAUUCGGGUUCAAGCUGUGGAACAGCCUCUUGCAGAAAUGCAAGGUAAGACUGCUCACAAUAGACCGGGUUCGUAGAUAGUGUUUGCAGGUUCUUAUCCGGGCGGUAGCUUUGGUGCACUAGUUUGACCUUUUUUAUUAUCAUUAUAAUUGAUAUUGUGAGUUGCAUCUUAAAAGUCAUCUCUGUUGGGUUUUCAAUAUUAUUAGAGUGGGCUAGUGUUUGAUAUGAUGUUUACAUAUUCUAAUUUUUGAUCAACGAAAGGGCAAGGUGUCUGGGAUGCUGUUUUCUGA